GAGAGAGAGGCAGAGUGAGCUCCAUCUCUCUCUCUCUUACCAGGACAUGAACAGGACAACUUUAGUUGGGAUCUAAGCUUCACCGUCACUGAAGAUGGCUUCACGCGUUCCCCCCUGGUUCUUUGGAUUACUUCUCCUCGCGCUCCGGUCCUGCUGCCGUCGCUCCUCCGCUCAGCUGCUGGACGAGCGCUCGUCCCCGACGGCCUUGGACCUGACGGAGUUGAUCGGCGUGCCCCUCCCUCCCUCCGUCUCCUUCGUCACGGGUUUCGAGGGUUACCCCGCCUACAGCUUCGGCCCGGACGCCAACGUGGGCCGCCUCACAAAGUCCUUCGUCCCCGACCCGUUCUACCACGACUUCGCCAUCACGGUCACGGCCAAGCCGACCACGCGGCGCGGCGGCGUGCUGUUCGCCAUCACCGACGCUUACCAAAAGGUUGUGCAUUUAGGCGUAGCGCUGUCCGAGGUGGAGGAUGGCUCCCAGAGAGUCAUAUUGUACUACACCGACCCAGGAACCAGAGGCGGGACCCAGGAAGCAGCUUCCUUCAAGAUGGGAGACCUGACGGGGAGAUGGGCGCGGUUCUCCCUGACCGUGCAGGGGGCGGAGGUGCGUCUCUACAUGGACUGUGAGGAGUACCACCGAGUGGCCUUCACCAGGAGCCCUCGGCCCCUGACCUUCGAGGCCAGCUCGGGGAUCUUCGUGGGGAACGCCGGGGGCACGGGCCUGGACCGCUUUGUGGGCUCCAUCCAGCAGCUGCUGCUGAAGGAGGAUCCCACGGCCCCAGAUGACCAGUGUGAGGAGGACGACCCUUAUGCCUCUGGAUACGGAAGCGGUGACGAUGCGUAUGAAGACAUUGAGGGAAUGGACGAAGUGAAGAAGAUUGUGGAGGAGAGAGAGUACACCAUGCCCUUCGCGGAGCUGGACUCCACUUACAGCGCCCCGGUACAAGCUCCGCCCACUGAGAGGUCACGAGGUCUCGAUGAUGAUGAGGAAGAGGAGUAUGUGGACAUCGAGGAGCCUUCUGGACAGGAAGUGGAGAUGACCACAGUAAUAAGAGAGAAAUCAUUUCAGACGGUUGCUCCACACACGGCAUUUGAAACACCCCUCCAGGUGUCCCCGGGACAGAAAGGAGAGCCGGGUCCAUCCGGUCCUCCGGGACCGCCCGGCCCUCAGGGACGAGCCUCGGGAGACGGGGAGGGAGGGGAGCCGGGACCCCGGGGUCCGCAAGGCCCGGGGGGAACUUCAGGUCCGCCUGGGGUUUCUGGGAAAGACGGACAGCCCGGAAGCAACGGGGACACUGGUGUCCCAGGAGCAACUGGGCCUCCAGGAUUCCCAGGGCUGCAGGGAGAGCCUGGUCCUCAGGGAGAAAAGGGUGAUCGUGGUGUUGGACUACCGGGUCCUCCAGGCCCUCCUGGAGCUGCAGGUCCAGUGAGCAAGUCUUCCAUGUUCCCGGAGGGGUCUGGGUUCGAAGACUUUGACAGCGAUGCAGAGGUCAUCAGGGGGCCUCCGGGGCCUCCCGGCACCCCGGGACAGCCGGGGCCACCGGGAACCCCGUCGGAAGACUUCUUUCCUGGACCACCUGGGGUCCCCGGGAAGGAUGGAGAGAGGGGUGAACCUGGACUGCCUGUGAUUGAGGAGUGGUUUAGUGGCUCUGGGUCUGGUUCUGGUUCUGGUUCAGGGUCUGGUUCAGGGUCUGGACAGGGCGUCGGGGGACGGGAUGGGGAUCCGGGACCUGCUGGGGAGAGAGGAGACAAGGGAGAAUCAGGCUCGAGCGGGCAAACGGGAGCAAAGGGAGAUCAGGGCCCUCCAGGGUUUCCAGGACUACCGGGCUCGGAGGGUCCAGAGGGGAUGCCUGGUCCCGGGGGUCCAUCUGGCCCUCCUGGGCCCCCAGGUCCUCCUUGGAGAGGCCUCGACAUGGACUUUGAGGACAUGGAAGGAUCCGGGAUGCAGAGUGGUUUUGGAGCUGCGCUGCCCACCGGCCCACAGGGUCCUCCAGGAACCCCCGGACUCCAGGGACCCGAGGGGAAAGGCGGUUCAGACGGCUCCCCGGGAACGCCGGGGCUCAAGGGGGACGCAGGUGCUGCAGGACCACCAGGGUUUCCGGGACUGGAGGGACUAAAAGGGGAAGAGGGAGACAAGGGGACCAAGGGAGAUCCAGGACUAAAGGGAGAGAGGGGACGGGACGGGCUCAGUCUACCCGGACCUCCGGGACCACCUGGACCAGCGGGACCCAUGAUCAACCUCCAGGAUCUGCUGCUCAACGACACGGACGGAGCCUUCAACUUCUCGAGGCUCUCUGAGGCUCCGGGACCCGCUGGACCACGGGGUCCAAAGGGGGACCUUGGGUUUCCAGGACUUCAAGGACCCGCAGGACUGAAAGGUGAACGGGGCGAGCCGGGGUCGGUCAUCGCAGCAGACGGAUCCCCCGAGUCGGGCCGGGCUGGACCCAAAGGAGUCAAGGGAGACCACGGCGUAUCCGGACCUGCUGGAAUCACAGGGCCGACGGGACCGCCGGGACCCAAAGGAGAAUUCGGUUUUCCUGGUAGAGCCGGACGUCCAGGCCUGAUGGGACCUAAGGGACAGAGAGGAGACUCUGCAGGCCUGCAGGGCGCUCCCGGCCUCCCGGGGCUGCCGGGCCGUCCGGGAAUAUUCAACUGCCCUAAAGGAACUGUGUUCCCCAUCCCUCCCAGGCCCUUCUGCAAAAUGACUCUUCAUCCCGAUGGAACCAUCGCCGUCGGUAACUGUCAGACGGGACUGAAGGGCGAGAAGGGGGUGCAAGGUCCUCCCGGGAUCCCGGCGCCUCCAAACUCGUUUCUUACCAGGGGAGGCUGGGGGGCCAGAGGUGACCAGGGCACUAAAGGAGAGAAGGGGGACGAGGGGGAGGCAGGGUUGCCCGGGCAACCAGGUAACCCCGGGAGAACAGGGCUUGUGGGACCCAAAGGGGAGUCGGUGGUUGGUCCACAAGGCCACCCCGGGGUGCCGGGUUCGCCGGGUAUCCCGGGCUACGGCAGACCAGGAUCGGUCGGCGUUCCUGGGCCACCGGGGCCUCCAGGACCCUCUGGGACACCCUCCAGAUAUGGCUCAGCUUUGACCAUUGCCGGCCCGCCCGGACCUCCUGGACCAGCCGGACCUCCUGGACCUUUGAGUAACGCAGCCUCUCUGAGAACGUUUAAGUCCCGUGAGAGCAUGAUGCAGCACACCGCCAGAGAUGCAGAGGGGACCCUGGCGUUCGUCACAGCGACAGGAAGUCUCUUCCUCAAGGUCUCCCAGGGAUGGAAAGAGAUACAGCUCGGCAGUCUGAUCUACCUCUCCAACAACAUCAUUCCACAGGACGAGCCCCGGGUUUCAUAUCAGAUUAGAGGAGACCCAAUGGAGAGAAUACGCUCAGUCAACGAAAGGCUCAACCUGGUGGCCUUGAACCAGCCCCACUCAGGCGACAUGAUGGGGCUCGACAUCGCCGACCGCAUGUGCUACGAGCAGUCCAAGGCCAUGGGUUUGGAUCCAAACUACCGCGCCUUCAUCUCGUCCCACAGCCAAGACCUGGUCCACACGGUCUACCCCGGUCUCCGGGAAACUCUCCCGGUGACCAACCUCAGGGGGGAUGUGAUGUUUAGGAACUGGCGGUCUAUCUUCAACGGCGACGGGGGUCCGAUGGACGCCAGGAUACCGAUCUACUCCUUCGACGGCCGGGAUGUUUUAGCUGACCCCUUCUGGCCUCAGAAGAGCAUCUGGCACGGCUCCACCAGCAGGGGUCUCCGAGUGGUGGACAAACACUGCGAGACGUGGCGAGCGGACCACGUGUCCGUCACGGGCCAGUCGUCCAGCCUGACCUCAGGUCUGCUCCUGGGCCAGCAGACGAGGAGCUGCUCCAACCAGUACAUCGUUCUUUGCAUCGAGAACAACAAAAACCUUUAAAAAAAACCAAAACAUAACACUCCACCAUGCCAGCCACCAUAAGCGUUCAACACUCGGGGAAAACAUUUGUGCUACGUGUAGCAUUUUUGUGUUUAAAAAAUAAAAUAAAUAAAUAGAGGACCACAUUUAACGCAAUUUCUUUCGCAAAGACGACGUCGCCUUUUUUAUGACAUCCCGCUGUGUUAUUUCUGAGGAGCCAGGACCUGAUCCUGCAGGUUAAACUAAGGUGACGUCAACGCCGGUCUCCUCGUUAACGCUAACUUCUCAAGGAAAACGUGGUUAUUUAAUGUUAAAAUGAUACACAAGCGGCACCUUGAACCUUUUUGUUGACUCAUUUGCAACAAGACGCAUCUGUGUCCUUUCACAAGAAUCCAACAGAGUAGCACAAAUGGGUUUUCACCAGUUUACUGUCUCUUCGACGGAUGAGACUAAAGACAUCAGACUUUUUUGGGGGGAAUUUCCAAGAGACUUUUGGGAUGGAAGCGUAAAAGAGGCUACUGUCACUGUUUUGUUUACAAGCUGUCGUGGAUUUGUAGAAGACGUGUGUUUGCAUAACUUACUAAUUCCCUCGUGCAACCAGUGUUGCCACCAAAAGUCAUAUUUGAUGCACUGUAAUUUUUUUUUAAACAAUAUUUUCUAGGUCAACAUUGUUUUGUGUUGUAGCUUUUCAUACCUCUUGGUGAUCUCACAUCUUAGCAGCUCUUUCUCUCAAUAGACUAUUUAAUUUAAAUUCAAUGAUUUAUUUAUACCGUCACAGCACAUAAAAAAAAAAAAAUCAGAUGAUUAAAUUUAAGAAUGUAAUUUAUAGGGUUUUUUUUGUUUGUCAAAUGACUGUUUUCUUCUCACUUGUUGCCUCU